CGCUGACAGGGAUCGAGAUCGAGAUCGAAGCUUGUUGUGUAUGCUUUAUCUCCUCCAGACUCAUCUACUCAUCUUUAUCCAACUUUAGUCGAACACCCCAGCACUCGUUACCUGCAUCCUUGUUGUCGCCCACAAAAACGUUCGCUUUUGCCUGUUGCCACAGACAAUGGCUGAGCAACAACAUCCAUUGCGCGUGGCGCUGCCCAAAUCAGGUGCUUCAGUUGACGAAUACAAUGACUACCUCGUUAGAGUCGAGCCUCAUCUGACUAAGGAAAAUCUGCCAAUACUCCAUGAUAUUCUGCAGGAUACAGAGGUCACCAUAGGAACAGGUUGGGAUCUUGUUCGCUUUCUACUCCCUCUCUUGCCAGAGUCUGAAUCUUGUCUGCAAGAUAUUGCGCGCCUGGGUAAUCCUAGGGAGGUCAUAUUGAAAGUCGCAGAGGCUCUGAGGCAACAAGACUUGGAAUACGAUGCUCUUGAAGCAGACGGUGAGGAUUAUGACACUAUAACAAGCAACGCGGGACCGUCAGGUGCCCCGCAAACGAAUCAGACGCCUCCGCUAGCUGUCCUACAAUUUCAAAGUCUGCUUUCUAUGUUGACAAUACUUCACCCCCGACUGAAGACCAGAAAUCCUAGCGGCUUCCUCGCAAUGAGUCUUCCAGCAGUCUUAACCAGCUAUUCGAAAGCAUCGUCACAUUUCGGAGAACUUACAGGAUCUGUCAUCACUUUGAUCAAGACCCUAUUUGGAUCAAAACGCCCGCAUUUGCCCCCUCGCAAAAGCAGUAGUCAUGUACCCACCGUCACAGUCAUUGGUGUUGCCACAGACCCAGAAGCUGAAGCAGGUAGUGAAGCACCGGGAGCAGAAGAGUCGAAAGUGGUCACCCGGCUGCUUCAAGGGUUUUUAACACAUGUAUUAGAAGAAUACAUGCUACAUCUACGAUCAAACGACGAUGUCCCUGGACUAGCAUGGUCAAGUCGAACGCAUGAAAAGUUCAGCCCAGGAAUGUCAAUACCUGGAAAGCCGACCUUCAAAGACCGUUUUGAGAAAGACGAACACUUACAGAAUAGAAUUCUGGUUGUGUCUCAAGUUGUUGCUUUAGGUCGAGAACUCGGAAUUGACUCCCAAGAGCUCUACUCAAAUGUCAUAAAUCCUGCUGAUGAACCCACCGGUGAGCCAUUUGCACAAGACGAGACACCUGCUUCAGCAGAAGACAUCUCGUUCUCCAGAGUCGGCUCACUAUUCCUCUUUACUGCUCGCACUGUAGCCCUGAAACUAUACGACAAUGCUUCCGGUGACAUCGGAAUCUCCAUCUUCCCUGAGCACGACUCUAUAGUCAAGAAUUUUCUCAAUACAACUGAACCCGUUAUGCUUGGUACCGAGAACGAAGCUCUUAUAGAUGCAAUAUUAGUCCUCGGCAUCAUAGCUCUAGAAGACAACGACUUUGGGGAACCUGAAAACGAUGAGCAAUUCACUGGAUAUUUGCAGCUAAUUUCCCUUCUUUCCGCAAACACCUCAUCUCCAACGCUGCGUUAUCACGCACAUAUGCUCACAUCAACGGUGUUACGCUCCUAUCCUGACGAGUUCGUUCGUCUGACAUUUAUUCGCGACACGCUCGAGCACUGCCCGUAUGAGAACCUCAAAGUGUCUGCGGUGGGCUGGCUGAAAGGCGAAACGCUGGAAGCGAAUACAUCUACUCUGGGAAACUUCAAUGGCCUCGGAAUAUCACAUACGUCGACCACAGCAUUAUCGGCUAAGGAAGAGACGUCCAUUUUCGCUACGCCUAUUGCGCUAUCUACUGCAGGUCCGUUCCUGUUCCCAGACCUGACCCACGACCUCGGCUUGCCGACGCUGAGUGAGUCGUACACAAAGUUUAAGGCCGAGAUAUCGUUCUACCUAGCGGUUCUCAAUUUCUAUUAUCUGUUAUUGAGUGCAAAGCCGCUGCAUGCGAUUCUGAAUAUUGCGGGACUGCAUGAGGACCAAGAUAUUGGACGCCGCUUCUUAGGCCCACUGACGGAGGCUAGUAAUCAUUUCAGAGAAGGACUUCAAGAAGGAGGUGAGCUACGAGAAUGGGAAGGAAACGAAGGGUGUGAGCAUGGGCUGUUUGAAAUAAGGCUGUUGGACGAUGUCCUGGAUAGAAUACAGAAUGGCGUGGCAGCAUUGACUAAGGAGUGAACGUGUGGUCUGUGCGAAUACUGCAUAUUCAACUUUCACCAUCGAUACCUUUAUAGAAUAUACAGUAGUCCCGAAAUGCGCCUACUUGCUCGCAAUCUCGGCGUUUACACGCUGCAUACAACAAAGCUUGCGGCCAGCGAACAUAC